GUUGCCUGAUGCAGACUUCCUAAAUGUGACACUGGAGAUCAGCAGGCUCGGCCCCUCCCUCCAGUCACACUGAGUAUGCGCUGCCUGUCACUGGGGUGUGUGGAGCACUGAGGCCGCAGGAUACAGCCAGGUACCAUCCCAUUUCCUGGACAUUUUUGAUGUGAACAAGAUCUCGGGUACAAAGCAACCAUGGCUUAUGAUACAAGAGACCCCAUGCAGCUUGUGCAGACCAUAUCAACGAAUAUCCAGAAGAUAACACAAAGCACUUCUGAAAUCCAGAGGAUAGUAAAUCAGCUUGGAACUGCGCUGGAUACUGCAGAGCUCCGCCAUCAACUACAACAGAAGAUACAGUUUGUGAAUAAACUUGCUAAGGACACAGACGUUUGCCUCAAGAACUUUACAUCGCUUCCUGCAGACAGCGAUCAGAGACAGAGAAAACUGCAAAAAGACAGACUCCUGAAUGAGUUCAGCUCUGCGCUAACAAACUUUCAGAAAAUUCAGAGACAAGCUGCAGAGAAGGAGAAAGAGUUUGUGGCCAGAGUCCGCGCAGGUUCCAGACUAUCUGCUGGUGGGGCAGAUGAUGGUCUUAGAGAUGGCGCACUGGUCAACUGGAAUAAUGAGAGCCAAUCACAGGUCAUGCAAGAAGAUGACAUUACGGAAGAUGACCUAAGGCUUAUAGAAGAGCGGGAGUCCUCAAUACUUCAACUUGAGGAAGAUAUUAGAGGAAUAAAUGAAAUAUUUAAAGACUUGGGUAUGAUGGUUCACGAGCAAGGAGAAAUGAUUGACAGCAUAGAGGCCAAUGUGGAGAGUGCUGAUGUCCACGUCCAACAAGCUAACCAGCAAUUGGCCAGAGCAGCUGAAUACCAACGCAAAUCCCGGAAGAAGAUCUGUAUUAUCGUUGUCGUGCUCCUUAUACUUGCUGUCGUUCUUGGACUGAUUAUCUGGGGAGCAACAAAAAAUUAAAAAGGUGUCCUUACAAAUGCCUUUAAAUUCCAUCUCUUCUUAACAAAUCAGUGAAGAAGUAGCCCUCACAGUGAAAAUGAAGAAAUUGAAGUGUAUAUUAUAAAUAUGAAAUGUCUUACUUGCACUUUAACAGCACUGCACGCUGUUGGGUUUAAUGAUGUGUUAGCAGUGAUCAAGAAUUGUAUAUAUUGCUUGCCACGGAAUGACGUUUUUAACACAUAAGGACACAUUUAUAACAACUGAGGUUGUCUGUCUGUCGAUACCCAUAGCAUCCAACCUGAAUUCUGUAAUAUUUUGUAUUGCAGGUUAGAAAACUCAACCCUGCAUAAGAUUGCUUGUUUUGGGUGACAGUCCUGUUUCUUCUCUACAACAGUCCUUAUAAAUCAUCCUGUAGAUACUUUAUGAUUUAGAGAAAGUUCUACAGUUUAACAGAUGGCUGUCUUCAGGACGAGACUAGCUGUCCCUAUUGCAGCUAAGUCUCUAGCAGGCAGUGGUUAACAGGUGCAAGAAACUGGAAGAUAGGAAACUGAGCAGCAGGAAACUGGGACCAGAAUCUUAAGGAGGUCUCUACAUAGGCAGUUAACCAUUUCCCUGAAAAAGUCUAAAUAUAUUUACCAUCCAUGACACCAGAGCAAAUUCACAGCUCCACUUCACAAUGUGAUCCAGAACAAGUGUGGCAAUGCCUAAACACACAUAGUAAAUGUUGGCACAAAUUUACAGGGAAGAUGAAAUUCUUUGUGUAGUUGAAGGACUCAAGAAAGCAAGCUGCAACAUGUUAUUACCCAAUGUAAUUAUGUGCUUUUAUCAUACUGUCUAGUACUAAGAAAAUUCAUGAAGACCGUUGCCUACACAGAUAAAGGCUAAAAUAUAGGUUUUUAAUUUGGCACAAGUACUUUCCUAAAAUUUGGCAAAGUUACAAAUCUGAACUUCACAGAGCACAUUAAAGAAAAUGCAGAGUAGGGGAAGGAAGAAAAAGAUCCACAAAGCAAUGUGAACAGACCAAUACACAGUAAAGAUUUUUUAUUUAUCAUCCAAUUUUCUAGUACAUCUUUCAUAAGGACUCAACUACUGUCUAACUAUGAAAUUACUGUCUAUCCUAAGCUUAUUCUUAAUUACCAAAUAUACUUGAUGAUAUCUGACCAUCUGACCUCUGACCGAAGAUGAUAUUCUAAAUAAAUGUUUUGUUUCAGUGUUUAGGUCCAGCUUUACUUCCUACACUAUCCAAUGGUAAGGAAUUUUAAUGAUUUACCGACUGUUGGUAAUACACUGGUGUCCAACGUAUUUAAGGGAGAAAAAUAAGCUAGGCGAACAGAAAAUGCUGAUUCAAACAUUGUAAUCAAAAACAUUUAUAAAGCAGGUGGAAUCAUGGUCCAGAACAGAUCUGUUUUACCCUAGAGCCAAACUGAAGUUUUCUGCAGAGAGUAUAUAUCCCCAUAGAAGAAGGGGUUUGAGAAAGCCAUCAUCACCAGAAGUGAAAAAAGGUGUCUUCAAAAAUCCAAACAUACCACAUUUUACCAUCUACCAAAAGGUCCAAAAAUCUUUAAGCCACCUGGACACCCUAUAAUUUCAAGCAUGAACUCAUUCACGUCUAAUAUUUCGGAAUAUGUUGAUUUGUACCUUCAAAUCUUUGUCAAACACCUUCCUACUUUCCUAAUGGACAUAUCAAAGUUACUAAAUCAUGAACGGAGUAUCCACUUGACUACAGGCUGCCACUUUCCACAUCUUGCUUUUUAAGUGUAGACUUUCUGAUGACUGGGAAACAAGUAGAUUUAAUUCAUACAAACACAUCUUUUUUUCCCAAAAACAUUUUAUUGGAAAUGAUGUAGGUACAAAUAAAAGCCAAUCAACAAAAAGAUAACACAGCGUCGUAUUAAACACAUAAUUACUUUAUUUUUCUUGAUACAUUCUUUCUCCAACGUAUUGAAUUGUCACGGGUAAACAUUUCACAGUUAAUUUUUGCUAACCACUAUAUGGAUGGAUUUGAGGAAUCCCUUUUGUCUUGAAAUUUUUACAUGUGAUUAAUAUAUGCUCCUUUAAUCAUAUGGGGAGGGUAACUUUCAGGUUUUUCAUUGUUUUUAGAAUAUCCAAACCAAAACACAUUAGGUCUUAACUUCAUCUGCCAUCAUCACCAUUCUUCUAUUAAAUAUUAGAUGUUUUUUUAAUGUGUAAACCAGAUGGCUUAAUUAGCAUGAAGAUCUUUUUUAUAAAUGUGGGUAAUAACAGCUCUGAUAAUUUUAGGAGCUGUCACCAUAAACCUUUGCCACUAAAUAUUAAUUUUGGACACUUUAGAAGACUAAGGAUAAGCUGCACCUUGGAGACAGAUUAUAAUGACCAAAUAGACAUUUUUAAGCAGUGCUUUAUUUACAUAAAUUACCAAGAAGGUCUAAGAACUUGUGUCAUUGUGUCUGAUGAAUAAUGUUGUUUUCAUUAGCUGGAGUGUCAUUUUCUCUUAAUGAUUAAGAAUUUAGAAUACGUGCCAUUAAUAGGGUGAGCAAAUUGACCAAAAAAUUGUGUCUUUAGGAAAAAGUUAAGAAUCAAAACCUUUUCUGCUCAGAAUCUCAGAGAUACAGUGGUUAACAUAAGAAAUAAUGGUAUUGAGCUUUCAAAUAAAUCAAGAGCUUUUUUCUGCGGGAGACUCGCCCUUAAAAACACGAUCGCACCGAACAAAAUACUCCUGUCAAAGUUGGUUUUCCCUGACCAGUAAACAUCAUUAGAAAUGUAAUGUAAUACCUUAGAUACAGUUUCCUCAAGUGUCUGCACCUUCUUUCAAUUAGUCAUAAUUCUACCACCAGUAUAGGACAUUUGGCUUAUCAAAUCCAACCUGAAUUGCUCAACCCAAUAUGUUAUUAACGUACUUGGGUAAAGUAUGUUGGAAGGACAAUUUCAAACUUUGAUCAGGCUUUAAAGAGCAUAGUCUGAAAAUAAAUAAAUUUUUUGUUGGGCCACAGAAGGACCAUUGCCUUUUCAGGGCUAUUAUUAAUAAGAGAAGUACAUUAAUCCAGAAAUUAUAAUUGAUUUCGAAAGGUUGUGUAAGAGAGAGAUGUUUCAUAGACUUAAUUAUGGGGUCCCGAUGGUUAAACAAAACCACUGAGGCUCUGUGACUUUCACCGUUAUUCUACUACCACACUCCUUUGACAGUAUAUUAUACAUGUUUUGAUCUAACCAUCCAUUUUACAAGCACAGUUUCUUAUCCCCCUUUUCUUUUUUUCUUCCAUAUUUUGCAUUAUCAUAUUUCUUGUCUCGUAAACACUUGUCAGUAGUCUGCUCAUUCUUUCAGCUUUGGCAGUUCUAUAUUAUUCCCCCUCCCCUGUACCCCCCCAUCCAUUUAUUUUUUCAAUAUAUAAUUUUAUCAACUAUCUUAAUACUCAAGACAUUCCUUUCCACGUGUCACAUAUUUCAAUAUACCCUUCUACACCAGUUCUGCCUUUAUAUCAUUAUGUGUUUUUUAUUUUUUACUCCUCUUAUUUCUUUUUUCUCACCUUCUUUCUUUAUUCUGCAUUAAAUUGUGCCUUCAAUUAUUUCACAAUUUUACAUAUAUUGGCAUCCUUAGCUGGCUUUCAUGGCACCCUUUGUUUCACCAUGUUUACUCUCUCUGUCAUGUCUCAUUUAAGCAUUUUUCACUACACCUACCCCCCGUCUCUGCUAAGUUCCUUUGCAUCUUUGCUUCCAUUCCCGAGCCCAUUCAGUGUCUUUUGCAUCACUACCUCCAUCUGUUCUAGUCUGACACUUUCAUUCAGGUCUUCAUUGGCCUUACACCCUGUUUUUGUGUGGCUCCCCUGCUGUUUCUUGCCUCCUGUCCUCGCUCAAUUCAGAGGGAGCUCACAGUGAUUUAAUGCAUAGAAGACAAAAUCCCAUCACUUGGCCAUAGAGACAGACGCAAUUGCACUUCAAUUCUUUCUCCAGUCAGAGAGUUAUAUCCAGAAGCUGAUUCCAACUGACAGUAUUUUGGUUUAAGCUUUGUUGAAAGGAGAUUGUUGGCUUGCAAAAUGCUUUAGAUGUAUUUUUCCAUCCUGUAUGUGCAGUCACCAUUAAAGUUUUUUGGACUUUUGAGACAGUUAUUUGGUACUUUUUUCUUAUUUUGCAUGGACUCCUCAAAUUGGGUGGUCACUAUUUUUGCCCCCCACCUCACAAAUUGUGGAGAGCUGGCAAAGCAAAGCCAAUAGACCUUACUAAUUAUUCCUCAUUACAGGUUAGGGAUUUAUGUCUAGUGCCUCACCGUCAUCUUUCUUUUGGAAAUCUGAAAAUAUGGUGCUUUGAAAAUAAUCUAAAGAAAACAGAGAAGCAUAAUACAAAAAUAGCACAAAGAACUUAAUGUCUUUUUUUUGUUAAUCUUUUAGUGCCAAACUUAGUUGCUGCUGCAGAGUUUCCAGAAAAUAUUUUUUUUUUUUAUACAGUUUGUGUUGUGUAAUAUCUAUCUGUAUUUUCAUCAUUACUGUAACAAAACAUCAUUUUGGUGUAUUCCUGUUCAGGUCCAUAUACCAUGCACUGCUGUGCCAAAACAAUGUAAGGGUUGAUGUUCUGUGAAAUUGUUUUGAUACAUUGUGUAAAGAACGCGGUAGCAUUAAAAUUGUUCACCUUUUAUAGGAUUCCACCCUCUCUAGUCGUACUCCAUUAGUAGUCGAUGCAAAGGCUCCUUGUUGAUAUGUAAUACUAAAUUGAAUGUGUUUUUUGUUUUUUUUCUGCAAAACCAACUGUAAUUAUUCUGUGGGCAGAUCUGUACAGUCUACUUUUUUUAUAAGAAUUUAGAGUGUAGUAGAUUGUCUAUUGAACUUACAUUCCUACUUUUUGGUGACCUAUAUGUUAAAAAAACCUCUUUGCAGUCUUUUCAAAAUAAACUGAUGUUGUAAACUAAGUGAAAUAAACAUCUGUUUUGUUCAAA